AGAGGCCGGGAUUCCUACGCCAGUAUCGAACUCUACAACGGCAGCAGCUCAGAAGCACCUUGCGCUCUCCAGGGACCCUGGCAGCCCGUGUGGGCUUGCAUUUCUUGACCGGAGUGCUCAUGGGAUGUGUUUACUUUGACAUGGAGACCAGCUACAUCGAGGCCCCUACUGGCCUUCGGCAUGUUCUCCCGCUGCCACUGCAGCGCCACUCCAGCAUGCCGGAGAACCGCGUGGGAGUUCUCUUUCUGCUGGUCCUGGCCCAGACGGUCACUCCCAAUUGCGCGAUGCCCUUUUUCAUCGACGAUCGCCAGUACUAUACCAAAGAGUCCGCUGCGCGACUCUAUGGUGCACUCCCAUAUCACUUGGCCAAUGCUGCCAGUGAGGCGGUGGUGUGCGCGUUGAAUGGCAUCCUGGCUUCGGGCAUUGCAACGUAUCUUGCAGGACUGCCGCUGAGCGGGCAAUGGUUUCCCACCAUGGCCUUCUUAGUGAGUCACCACAUGUGUUCCAGUGCUUUGGUGCAGAUGUGCGCACGGCUGGCACCCAAUCAGGACGUGGCUUUCGUUCUGAGCGCCGGCUACAUCAUCGUGUACAUGUUGUUCGCCAACAUCGUGGUGAAGGUCUGCACCGUGACGCCCUACUUGGCGUGGAUCCGCUGGUGCACCUUCAUGUACUUCACCAUGGCUGGACUUAUCGAGGUGGAGUUCGAAGAUACCUUUGAGCAAGGCUAUCCUGCAGGCGAGAAGGCGAUUGAAGGCUUUUUGAUCCACGUCGGCUCCGGUGAGGAUAUUUAUACCUUCCACCAAGGGGGGCUGCUUCGUGAUCCUUUGGUGCUUCUACCUGAUCUUCUCCACGGUGGGCUUUCUCGCCCUGAAAUUUGGGAGUAAAUCUCAGGUAUAGGACGCUCGGGCAACUGGCGCGAAUUUUCUCGCCCGGCCUUCAAGACGUUCAUCCCAGAAAGACG